AUGAGGGCGCGGUCUAAAUUCGGCAUUUAAUACCAUCAAAUACAGUUCUCACACAAUUGCGUCCUUGGACAGGUAUUUGGGUUAGAAAAAUUACCCAUUGACAACAUAGAGGGCAAACGUUCACGGCGCAUAUCGAGUAGGUACCGACUACCAACCAUUGUCCGAUUUGUAUAGGGACAAUCAAAAUCUAUGAGCACAGCAUUCGAAUCACGCACCCGUAUUCGUUCCGACAUACCGUAAUACGAAUAAGGCGACAAUUGUGCACCGAACGAUAUUAUUAGCCGUGCAAGUUUAGUCACAGGACGACGUUUCUGAACGUUGUAUUUACGGCGCGAAAAUUUCGGCAGUAAAUUUCCGCGUUCCCAUUUCAAAUAUUUAUUUAUUUUCAUAACUUUCUAACGUUUGUAUGAGACGCAACCGUAACGGCCUCCUUGCUAAUCUAUUCAAAAGAGAUUGUAAUUAAAUUCUAUUCGCUUCGUUACUUUUAUAUAACUUUAUUAUAAUGUUUUGGCAGGUAGUUGGGAGUUGUUUUUAAAUGUUUUAGUUGUAAUAUAUUUGUGGACAGCGCCGAUCGUGUUGUUGUGCGGUGUUUUUUUUUAAAUACAUUGACUUGAAUGUGGACAUAAUAAUAUGGAACGUUACGUAGUGACGCGGCGUUCGAAACGCAAAAAUGAUGGACUGUUAACGAAAUGGAGAAGAAAAUGCAGUAUUUUGAGUCGACGAUCUUGGAUUACAAAUGGAUACGACUUGAAUAAUGCCAGUUACGUGAUAAACAGACGAUACUCGAAAGACAAGAUGUCACCGGUGUGCCACAACUUCGUGCAGAACGCGUGGAAGAAGGACUUCUGCUCGAACUGCUUCAAGUCGCGCGAGGAACAUGUCAAGCAGGAGCGGGGUACCGACGGCGGCAAGUACAUCAACACGCCCUUCCAACACAGAAGCACAUUCUUCAAGAAGACGCCGCCAAGCAUACUCAAGGUACACACGAAAAAGAAAAACAAACGAAACGUCACCUUCCCUGAAGAAGUAUGCAGUGUUAUAGGCUUCGGAGGCGACGACUGGUCUGAUGGAGAGGAAUUCGAAAUGUCAGAAGAAACUGAAGACGAAGACCCCUUCCCAGACACCGAGGAGGAAAGAGAACUACACAAAAUCACCAAGUCCAACACGGACUUCAAUACAGUCAAAGCUAAUCUGUUAGGAGACUCUGCGGCUAAAACGUACACAUCUCUGUUACUCGGCAAGAUGCAAACAGACUCCGAUGGCAAAAAGAAAACUCUGUUGGUAUCUGUAACACCCUUCGGACAGGAGAAUAAAUCUAAUCAUAAGUCACACGUUCGCAAACCCGCCGUUAUACACGUAUCGGAAGCGGCUGAAGAUACGUCGAAUAGCUAUAAAACUAAUAUAAUUCUAUCGUCUUAUGUUAAAGAAAAUGAAACUAUAAUAAGCGCAGAUAAUAACAGUGCACCUAUUUGUACAGAAAAGUCUUUGCUGGAGGAAAUAUCAGAGACUUUAGAACAAAACAGAAUGUCUAACGGCAGUGACAUGCAUUUGACCCAAAAAGAUAGCAGCAAACCCACGGUGGUUGAUGAGAAAAUGAAAGAAAGUAUGCAAGAUGAGCCUGAGAAGAAAGAAAUGUGUGAAAUUAAAAAGAAUGGUAUUGUCAGACAAUCGCCUUUACAAAAAACGCACGAGAGACCCAAGGUAAACCUAAGUCGGUCAGAGUUUAAAUUCUGUAAGAUUAACAUUGAGAGCAGCAGUGUUGACUCAGCUGUUAGCACUUUAAAUUCGACCGCUAAUAACUCGCUAGCCUCAGACGACGAGAGCUUUAGUGGCCGCACAGACUCGGACAAUGACGACAGCGGACAUUUUUCAGAAACACACAAAUGUGAGGAAACCGUUAAGAUAAAAGUGUUCAGUGAAGGCGAUAAGAACAUAAAGAUGUCACCAAUAGGACAAUUAAGAAAAGUCGACGGACAAGCAAACACUGGCUAUUCUACAUUCCAAAGUCCGAUCAUUGACAUGCCUCCGAUUAUACCUAAACAGCAGCCAGACAAUAUAUUCUCUGCGGAAGCCAGUCGUGAACUCGCGGGCGAGCCAGACGGCAGAGCCGACCCGGACGACGCUACGGAAGCGCCAGCCUUACCGAAAAGUCCUAUCCCCACUCUAGACCCGCGACCGUCUUUCUUACAUGGCAUGAUAUCAGACAUAUUGCCUGCACACAAACCGGCUUUACCAGAAAAACCCAAGUUGCCUGUCAAGCCAGUUAUCAAACAGACAACAAAAAAGAGUGUUAUCACAACAAGCCAGCAGCAAUUAAAUAUGUAUAUGCACUCAAAAAAUAAUGAGGAUGAGAAACUGAUUAAUGCAUUAAGUGAGGAAAAAAAUAAUGAGAUCACAGAGGUCCAUGAGGAUAAGGCAGAACCGAUUUAUUACGCGCAGCCUGUGUUGACUAAAGAGGAUAGUGACACUUCGCUCAAUAGUCUGUGCAAACGCAAAGCUCCGACACCACCCUUAUCACCCACUGUAGAUGAAUACCCGAACCUAUAUCAAAGAAACACAAACGGGUUUAUGAAGUCAGACGCACCGAUCGUCAGGGAACUAGAAAAAAGAGAACGAGCCACUAUAUCUUUGUCCAAUAAAUCAAAACCUGUCGAAGAACCGAUUGACAUUAAAAAGGUUGACAUAACACCCGAGCCAGCUCCGCGAAGGAACAUAUCCCUAUCUCACGACAACCUUCUACUGGACGACAAACGUAAGGGAAAACUAAAAUUCUCCAUAAAGAAACUACUUCGUAUAGGUUCGUCGAAGGAUCUCGAUAAAAAGGAACUAACUGUUCCGCCGUCGCCUAAGAUAGCGCCAAAAGUCGAAGAGAUAUAUGAUUUGACCCCGAAACCGAAGCCGCGCCUCGUUAUAAUACACCCGUUGGAUAUGAACGGUUCUAACGGAGUGGAGGUCGUCAAAUCGAACUGCGAGAUUUCGGGCAGUCUGCGUCGGCUUAGUCACGAUGAUGUGUCGUCAAUAUACAGUGGCUCUAGCUCAGCCACCGAGCCCGAGACCCCGAAAGUUGUGAACAAGCCUCCUCCCCCGCCGAGACAGUCGAGUGAGGAACAUAAAAUUGUGUCCACUGUUCCGAAGCCCGCCCGCCCACCACCACCGAAGUCUGCAGCUUUACAGAAAAAGCAAAAACAACAAACAUGGCUGAAUGCGCCUAAACAAGCCGAUAACAUUUAUGCCAAUUUAGGAGAAAUCCGAUCUGCGCUCGCGCCUCGAAAACCGGAACGAACUGCGAGUAUGCGCGAGAGAGAAGCCCGCUUGGAGUUACCUAAACGUAGGAAUCAGAUAGAUGACGACAAAGACGAAAUAGACGACGGACCUCAGGAGCUAGUGCAAGCGACCAACGACACCGUCAUACACAGCUACGACGACGUGUACAACACCGCCAAAUACGACGAGGAAAACUGUGACUCGGCCAAGAAUAGUGACAGUGAUUACGAGUACGUGCACCACGCGAGGUCCAGCUCACCCGAGUGCGACUCAGCCAUAAAACCCAGAGAGACAAACACCGAGAGAAUCGAAGUACGGAAAGAAGAGAACAACACCGAAUACCCGAAAUACAACAACGGUAUCUUCAACAGAACAUCGCUUCCGUACUGCGGAAGUGAGACCGAAUCUGAGAUCUAUUCACCGUACAGCUUCUACAGUUCAAACGACAACAUGGAUAGUCCUAGCAACGAGGAUUAUCAGAAUGAAUUGACACCAAAAACAACGACAAACAAGCUUCGGGUGCGGAAGGGGCGAAGCGUGGUGCACAGAAACUUGGAAGACAAUUAUGGAGCGGUCGUUAUUGCGAAUCACGAAGCACUCGCCCAGGUUUUAGAACAGGUCCAACAGAGCGCGACGAUGCAGCCUUCCCUCCGCGGGCUGAAGGCGUGCACCAACCUCAGGUGGAACGACUUCGCGAUCCAACAGCCUAAGCCGUGCCCCGUCAAGGCCGGCAAAAGAUUCUUCUAUCCGGCUAUCUGGAACUCCAGUCAAGGUCCAGUGAACGUAACGCUGAUGCUGUACAAGGAGCAGCUGGCGUCGCAGAUGGUGUGCCAGCAGUCGGUGCAGCAGACGCUGAGCCUCAACGCCGUGACCGAGUUCUGCGACCUCGUGCCUCUGCAGCAGUUCGGAGAAGAGGGCGAGGACUUGGUACAAGCUACGAUCGUAGUGCUGGCACACGCUCAAGUAGACACCAUCCAGUCUUACGGCGAGGCCCUGCACUCUGCUGAAGGCCUCUCCAAAGACCACCAGCUGGUCCAAACAGAACAGAUCCAUGAAGCCAUAUUCAUGAUGUUACAAGUCAUAAAUGGACUGAAGUGCCUCCAAGCUCGAGGAGUGGAAGAACUGCCGGAAUCUCUGACGUCAUUCAUAGCCCUGAAGGAGAUACAGCCGAUGGUCUCCCAUGGAAGUACCCUGAACUUGCCAUCGCCAGAUGACCGGCUGAACUCGCUGUGGGCGCCGAAAACUAACUCUUAUGGACGACUUUGCAUAUUACAGGGAUUGAGCGACGACAUUAACAGUAAAUCGACAGACGAGGGCCAUCUCAAUUCUCUAUGCAAAUGUGCGAUACGAGCCACCGAAAUACUCCUACCAGGGGAGAAACUGACUCCCCUCCUAAAAGAAAUACUUCACGAAGAACGAGCGGUAUCCCUCAACCAGGCUAAGUCUGUCCUAGAGUUCAUGCUCUGGGGUCCUUUAGACGUUGUCCAAGGAGUACCAGCUGAGGACAGGGAACUGUCCCUUCAAAGAUGGCUGGACCUAGAAAGGGCGACCGUCCUACACGGGCUGGUGAGGACCAGGGUCCAGUUGAACGUGUUUGAACAGCUCCACCUCAUGUUCUUAGUUCGGUCAACGACAAAAGCCAUGUGCGACGCCUCCGUACUACUCGAAAAAGCCAAUGUAUAUUAAUAAAUGUAAAUUAAAAAUUAAUUCUAAAAUCUUAGGAUCCUUAUGACUCGAUUUAGAAACUUUGUGUAUUUAAAAAAUGUAAUUACUUUAAAUGUAUACUGUAAGUCUUUAUUAGUUUAAUUUAAGGCACCUGAAGACUUGUUAGUUAAAUAUAUCUAUUGUUGGGUGUGGGACAUGAUUGGAAUGAUAUUAUUAAAUGUUUAUCUUUAUUAUAAAAAUAUAUGAGAUUGUAUUUUAAAGUAGUAACUGCCAUGUUAUGGGACCAAGAAUUAUUUAAAUCAAUUUUCAAUAUGAUGGAGUUGAAAUGAGAGAUAUUUUUAGUAAGCGCUUAAAGACUUCUGACUAAUGUGGUUGAUGCGUGGAAUAUUGUGGGAGAGCCGAGUAGACACUGAUAAAAUAAAAUCAUUUGAUUAUCAGCCCCUUAUCCAAGUAACAUUUCGAAAACCAUUAUCAUUAAAAGAAAACGCAUAAAUAGGUAAAAAUUACAGUUUCAGAUCACGUGACUAAACGAAACGAAAUUUCUUUUCCAUAUGAACGUUUUUCUUAAAGCUAGCAACUAGAAAAGUAUCGUGGAUAUAGGGGAAAAAACUGUGAACAUCUCGUUCGAUAUUUUUCAUUCGUCUUACUACGCCUUUACAAACCGUUCAUACAAAUCAAUAAUCAUUUAUAAAUGGCCAAAAGGCUAUAUACCCGAUCAGUCUGCCAGGGUGCCAAUAAAUAGAGCUGGAUCAUAUACUCACGUACUAAUCGGUGCCUUAUAGUAUUAUACGUAAACUGUAUUAUAUCGAAUGUAAUUUAUAUCUUCUAGAGCUCUGUUAAGAUAUCCGAGUUCAAAUUAUUAAUUUACCCUUGUAAGAAUUCAUCGAAUAUAAAAAUACAUAUUUCAUACUUUA